AUGUGGAUUAUAUCAUUUUGGAUGUUCCCGCUGGUGUCAGCCUGCAUGUGGGUUUCAAUGUUGAUUGCCAUGUUGGUCACCUGGGUUCGAGACGGGAGACCGCACUACGCCAGUAUGGAUGACGGACAGACUAUCGCGUACAUUUCAGAUGUCGGCGCGCAAGGCCUAAAGCCGCUGUUUGUUGCAGGCAGCGCAGUCACCGUCGUCUUUCUCGAUCUAGCAUUCCUCUCCGAGCGGUGGCUUCGACACUCCAACCAGUUAGCCAAGAACAAGGGCAGAUUGGACAAGACAUGCGCUGUGCUUUCAAUUCUUUUCGCUAUUGCCGGUGCAGCGGGUCUGAUCCUGCUCUCGGUCUUUGAUACGCUGCGUCACCCAAAAAUGCACGAUGGUUUCAUCGCUCUGUUCAUUGCUGGAUACGUGAUCAGUGCCAUCUUGGUUUGCAUUGAGUACCUCCGUAUCGGAAUCUUCUACCGUCGCGAGCACCGUAUCUUGCUAGUCAGUUUCUUCAUCAAGCUUGUUUUCGUCAUCGUCGAGCUCGCGCUCGCCAUCGGCUUCGGCGUCUGCAUCGGCAGCAACAAAGCGUCAAAGCAAAACCCCGGUGCGGUUCUCGAGUGGUGUAUCGCUUUCGUCUUCACGGGCUACGUUCUCUCCUUUGUCGUUGAUCUAUUGCCUUCCGUGCGCACCCGCAACCACGUGCCUCAGGGUGAGAAGUACUUGAUGAGCGAGAACGGAUUCCGUGGAGCCCAGGCAGAGAAUGUUUCCAUCGAAGAGCCGCUGACCCAUGACUCGAUGGGUCCGAACACCGGCUAUUACCGUGGUCAACGGGUCUAA